AUGGUCCGAGCAUUGGCCGUGGAGUUAAGAAAUUCGCUCCACACCCGCGCUCUGCACCCGGAUUUUGGCAUCGAGUUGGGAGGUAUAACUUGUUUGCAAAAUCUGGACGUCGAGGCAUGCGCUCGGAUCAGUGCUGCAGUCGAUCAGCACUCCGUGGUGCUCAUUCGAGGGCUUACGUUGGAUACCAAGACUCAGAUAUCAUUCAGUGCGCGCUUUGGCGAACUCGAGUUCAACCAUAUCCUCUACGGGCAGGAGCGCCGCAAGGAGUUCUUCUACCGAAUUGGCAACAUCAACGAUGAAGGGAAGCAACUUCCGUCUUCGAAUAAACAUGUUCGGUUUUCGACUGGCAACGAGAUGUGGCACUCAGACUCGUCAUUCAGGCCCAUACCAGCGAUGUUCUCCAUAUCCUUCGCGCACGAAGUCUCAGCAGAGGGCGGUGAGCUGGAGUUCGUGUCGACUCGGCGGCCAUAUGACGAGCUGCCAGGGACACUGAAGGAUGAGCUGGAUGACCUCGUGGUGCUGCAGAUGCUCACCGGCGGCCGCCGCGCCGUCGUCGUGUGCGACCACGGCAAGUGGCACGGCAGCGGGAAGUCCACCGUGCUGGACGCGGUGCACCGCGCAUUCGUGCUGAACACGGGCGGCGUUUGCGUGGCGGUGCGCCUGCGGAUGCUGGGUGCGGGCGGCCUCGCGGGGGGCGAGCCCUGCGCGGGCGGCGACUGGAUCGAGAAGACCGGGGCCGCGGUGCGCCUCGCGCUGCGCGAGUGCCGGGAGCAGUGGUGGCCCGCGGCCGGAGCUUGCGACGGCCCGCGGCCCGCCGCCACCUCGCAGCCUGGCGGCGGCACCCCCGCCGCCGCGACCCGCCGCCGCCGCGCCUCGCGCGGCUCGAAGACGCCCGGGCGCCGCGGCGCCGUCAGCCGCGGCUUCCACCCGCUCUCGGAGAUGGGCGCCGAGGCCCGGGAGGCGGCGCUGGAGGAGCUCGUGGGGGACAUGGCCGCGCUGGCGGAGCUGGCGGAGGCCCGCUGCCGGCACCACCCCUCCAGCAGCAGCAAGAUCUUAUGGAUCAUG